AUGAGAUUUAUACUGCCCCUUCUUAGCGGCGCUGCUCUCGUUGCCAGUAGCAAGACGCCUUCCUCAGUGGCCCAACAUCGCACUCGUCAACAAGCUCUGCCUGAUGUUGCCGACUUUGUUUUCCAAAACGGCUCCAUCUACACCCUAGAUUCCUCUUCAACUGAGGCCAGCGCUCUGGCCAUCAAGAAUGGCACGAUCAUAUAUGUUGGCGAUGACCUUCAGGCCCGGCAUUUGAUUGGGAAUGACACCAAAGUUCUUGACCUAGAAGGCCGCAUGGCAAUGCCUGGAUUCGUCGAUGUGCACAUGCAUGUGCUGCAGGCGGGACAGAAUCUACUAAAAUGUGACUUCAACUACCAACGUCUCAGCCGCCAGCAGGUCUUAGACCAUCUACAGGAAUGCAUAGACACCGACGGUACCGCUCAAGACACUUGGCUUGACGCUGUCAAUCUCAACUACGUUGCCAUGGCUCUCAGCGGAGAAAGCCUUACCAAAGCGGAUCUUGACACCCUCAACACGACCCGGCCAAUGUCUCUCCGGUCGAAUGACUACCACACUUUCGUCCUCAACUCUCAGCCAUCUGGUGUUCUUCUCGAUGGCGCAAACAUCCUCAUUGCUGGCCCUCCAGCUUUCACUGACGAGAAGAACGCCGAAGCCGGGCGUGCCGCGCUCCAAAUUCUUCGGCAGAACGGUAUCACCACCUGGCAAGACGCCUUAGCUACCAACGAGCAUUGGGGUCCUUGGAACAUUCUCAAAGAGAGUUCAGAGCUCAGCUCGCGCGGGUACUUUGAUUACCGCAUUCAGCCGCCGUCGACAUUGGAGGCUGUCGAUGCCGUCGUUGCAGAAAACGUCGCCCUGCUCGCGUCUCGAAAUGACAACUCCACUGUGGCUGCCCAGCCAACCCUCAAAUGGCAAGCGAUCAAGGCCUUGUUGGAUGGCAUAAUGCCCUUCUCCGCUCGCACAGCAGCCAACACGGAUCCGUUCUGGCUUCCUGUACGCAACGGCACGAACGAAACCCAAGAAUGGGCGCCUGAUCCCAGUGCCAUCGCCCCUUUGUACUGGGAUCCUGAGAUCUUGGCCAAGACUCUGGAAGGGUUGUGGCUGGGCGGUGUCGACGCACAGCUACAUGUCGAUGGCGAUCGAGCCGUUCACGUCAGCUUGGACGCUGCAGAUGCCUUCCGGCGUAAUCACCCUGAUGCUGCCCCCAUCCGUCUCGCUCUCGCCCACGCCAGUCUUACACUUGAGGAAGACUGGCCUCGGUUCGCGGAGCUCGGCGUUGAUGUGGUGUUCCAAUACCAGUUCUCUCAACUAGCUCCGAUGUGGAUCCCGGACACAUUCAACAGCAUUGGCGAAUAUCGCAUGGGCAACCUCGAUGCCUAUGCACAGAUCGAAGAAGCUGGACGCCCCACAGUGCACGGUAGCGACUGGCCUGUCGAUCCCCUUGAUGUGUGGUUGGCACUCAAGGCCGGAGUUACGCGCCGGGGUGACCCAUCCAACCCCAACUCUGCCGCAUCAUUCAGCGAGCUUUAUGACGGACCGUUCCCUGGCAGAGGUAUCUCCCGCGAGUCCGUCCUGAAGGGAGCCACCAUCAACGGAGCCAAAUUCUUGCGGGCCGAUGAGCAAAUUGGCUCUCUCGAGGUUGGCAAACUUGCGGAUAUCAUCGUCACCGAGAAGAACUUCUUUGAAGUGCCCGAUGAGGAGCUCGGGCGUAACAAGGUGCUGCUUACAAUGCUCGGGGGUGAGGUUGUGUACCUCGAGGACGGUGCGCAGUCUACAUUUGGGAGAGAUGUCACGCCCAAGUUCCCCAAUGACAACGCCGUUGCUGCGAAGAUGGCCCGCAGAGUGAUUGGCGGGCUCCACGGUGAGCACCUCGACACCCAGGGACGGGCCGAGGUUGUCAAAAUGAGGAAGCGCCAGGGUUGUGGCCAUGAACACGCACACUAG